AUGGACACCAGCAGGUCUACGAGGCAAUCAAUAAAAGCUAAGGCUGGCCAACCAUCUUCGUCACUACGCAUCCGUGACAACCAGCGGCGUUCGCGCGCACGACGCAAAGAAUAUAUUCGAGACCUCGAACAAAGAUUACGCACGUUCGAGGCUUCAGGUGUUCGGGCGACACAAGAAGUUCAGGCUGCGGGACGAAUGGUGGCAGUGGAGAAUACUCUCCUCCGGUCGCUGCUCCGCUUGCAUGGAGUUCCCGAUCAGGAUAUCCAGCAGUAUUUGACAGCACACAGAAAGGACUUGCCUCCUAUACUUCAGUCAAGAGCCGGACUAAAGUCGCGGCCACAUGUGGUGGAAUUCUCAAGUCCAAGUGCAACCGCCGAGAGUUCUACGCAAUCCAUUUCAUCGAACCACGAGCGCGGAGAUCGGACGCUAGGGAUGGUGGCUUCUGGAAAGACUUCAUCCCAGUUUGAUUCGCAGGUAGCCGUCAAGGAGCAGCUGGUUCCAAUUCACUCUCUCAUUCAUACUAUUCCCGAAUUACCGCCACUCUGUGCAAACCAGAGCUCAGGGCAAUCUACUCCAUGCGAAACGGCAGCCAGGAUUAUCGAGUCUAUGCGCAGCUACUCCGAUACGCGGGAUGUGCGCUGGGAGCUAGGAUGUCAGUCGAGUUCUGAUUGUAUGGUGAGGAACAUGGAUAUUUUUCAGCUACUAGAAUGA